AUGUGCUUUUCAAGUAUACGCGACAAAAAUAAUGAUAACGGUAGCGUAAGUGAUAACAGUCCCGGUAAAAGUCUUGAUAAUAAAACUUGGUUCGAUGGAAUAUUAUCGUUUAAAGACCUAGAAAUUAUCGACCCUCAUAGGGCUAAAUUUUUAAGGAAUUUAAAAGAGUUAGUCGAUAGGAAGCAUGAAAUUCUAAAUAGUUCAUUAUCUGACAAGGAGAAAAAUGACAAGUUAUCAUCAUUGACUUUAUCUUCGUCUGACGAUUCGCAAAGCGACAUUAAAUUAGAAGAUCUAUGCUUAACAUUUCAAUAUUCACCAUCAUCAAUUAUUUAUGGUUACGAGACUGUUGAUCUUAUUGCAAAUGGAGGAGAAAAAAUACUUACUGUUGAAAAUGUAGAAGAGUAUGUCGAUUUGAUGUACAAUUUCUGCUUCCGUGACGGUAUCCAGAGACAAAUAGACGCCUUCAAAGAGGGUUUUGAUUUGGUCUUUCCAAUGGAAAGUUUAGCCUUAUUUACUCCAGAAGAAGCAAGAAAUAUCUUGUGCGGUGAUCAAAGUCCACAAUGGACCAAAGAUGAUUUGUUAAACUAUACUGAACCGAAAAAUGGUUAUACUCGAGAAAGUGCUGGCUAUUUACGUUUCAUAAAUGUUGUUUCAAACUUUGAUAACGAUGAAAGAAAGGCUUUUUUACAGUUUACCACUGGAUGUUCAUCACUUCCACCUGGUGGAUUAAGAAAUUUACACCCUCACCUUACUGUGGUUAAAAAAGAAAUGGAAUCGAAUGGUACCCACCCCUCAGUUAACACGUGCGUUCACUAUUUAAAAUUACCGGAUUAUGCAUCAGAAGAUAUUCUUAGAGACCGUUUAUUGGCAGCGACAAAAGAAAAGGGAUUUCAUCUUAACUAA